AGAAUGAAAGCUCAUAAACUCCUUUCUCUGGGUUACAUUUCCUUCCCCCUACUGCUUCUUCAGCAGGCCUCUGCUCAGUUCCCAAGACAGUGUGCCACUGUUGAGGCUCUGAGAAGUGGUGUGUGUUGCCCAGACCUGUCCCUCCUGUCUGGCCCUGGGACAGACCCCUGUGGCGCAUCACUGGGGAGGGGCAGGUGUGAGGCCGUGAAUGCAGAUUCCAGACCCCACAGUCCCCAGUACCCACACGAUGGUACAGAUGAUCGGGAGCGCUGGCCCACGCAGUUCUUCAAUAAUACAUGCCACUGCAAUGGCAAUUUCUCAGGACACAACUGUGGGUCUUGCCGUCCUGGAUGGAGAGGAGCUGCUUGUGACCAAAGGGUUCUCACUGUCAGGAGAAACCUUCUGGACUUAAGUAUAGAAGAAAAGAACCGCUUUGUCCAGGCCCUGGAUAUGGCAAAGCGCACAACCCACCCUCAGUUUGUCAUUGCCACCAGAAGAUCAGAAGAAAUACUGGGACCAGAUGGCAACACGCCUCAAUUUGAGAACAUUUCCAUUUAUAACUACUUUGUUUGGGCACACUAUUAUUCAGUCAAAAAGACUUUCCUUGGGGCAGGGCAGGAGAGCUUUGGCCAAGUGGAUUUCUCUCACGAAGGACCAGCUUUCCUGACAUGGCACAGAUACCACCUGCUGCAAUUGGAGAAAGACAUACAGGAAAUGUUGCAGGAUCCUUCCUUCUCCCUUCCUUACUGGAAUUUUGCGACUGGGAAGAAUGUCUGUGAUAUCUGCACUGAUGACUUGAUGGGAUCGAGAAGCAACUUUGAUUCCACUCUUAUAAGCCCGAACUCGGUUUUUUCUCAAUGGCGAGUGGUCUGUGAAUCUCUGGAGGAUUAUGAUACCCUCGGAACCCUGUGUAACAGCACCGAGGGUGGGCCAAUUAGGAGGAAUCCAGCUGGCAAUGUGGCUAGACCUAUGGUGCAACGUCUUCCGGAUCCACAGGAUGUCACUAAGUGCUUGGAAGUGGCUUUAUUCGACACACCUCCUUUCUAUUCCAAUUCUACAAACAGUUUCCGAAACACAGUGGAAGGUUAUAGUGAUCCCACAGGAAGGUACGACCCUGCCGUUCGCAGCCUUCACAAUUUGGCUCAUCUAUUUCUGAAUGGAACAGGAGGACAAACCCAUUUAUCUCCAAAUGACCCUAUUUUUGUCCUCCUGCAUACUUUCACUGAUGCAAUCUUUGAUGAAUGGCUGAGGAGAUAUAAUGCUGAUAUAUCCACAUUUCCAUUGGAAAAUGCCCCUAUUGGACAUAACAGGCAAUACAAUAUGGUGCCAUUCUGGCCUCCAGUUGCCAACACAGAAAUGUUUGUUUCUGCUCCAGACAACCUGGGAUAUGUUUAUGAAGUUCAGUGGCCAGGUCGGGUUUUUAGUAUUUCAGAGAUCAUUUCCAUUGCAGUCGUUGCUGCUUUAAUACUGGUUGCAGUUAUUUUUGCGGGUGCUUCUUGUCUGAUCCGUGCCAAAAGCAACAUGGAUGAAGCAAAUCAGCCCCUCCUCACUGAUCAAUAUCGAAACUAUGAUGAAGAAUAUGAACAAAUAAGAAAUCCUAAUCAGUCUGUGGUCUGA